GAGGAAGGGAUGCUGCUGAGCUGCACUUUAAAGGAUGCUGCUGAGCUGCACUUUGCUCCCGUCCCUGGCACAUCCCUCGCAGCAGAGGCUGUUUGCUGAGCAGAGAGGCUGCCUGCCCCCAGCCGAGGCAGCCAUUCCCUCCUGCUCCCCGGGAAGGGAGCUGGAAUCCUAACCCGGAGAGGCAGCGAGCGAUGGGGCUGCCGCACGGAGAGUGACUGAGAGGAAGGGAACCGGAGAGGCUGAGAGCUCUGCCUGCCUCAGCAGCACUGCAGUGGUGAAGCCGCUGCCUGACUACGGGCAGCUUUCUGGGGGCUGUGCACUGCUACAGAGAGGGUCGGGAUGGAGAGCAGCAGCCUUUGCCUUCGCGGCCGCUCCAGCCUCAUCACGCAUUAAUUGCUGAGAGUUAUUUUCCUUCCUGUGGCUGACUGCCUGCGUCUCAUCUCCCACUGCAGGAGAGGCUGGCAGGGAGAGAGCGCAGCACCAGCCGGGUGUCCUGUCCCACAAAGGGCUCUGCAGGAUGUGCCAGUGCGGUCCGGGGCUGCUGCAAUGGUGCAUGGAACCUCUGGAACAGCUGGAUUUAGGAUUAUUGAUGCUUGAUAAAGGUGUCCCAGGCUCCAUCUAGCAGCUAGCUGGAGACACCGGCUGCCCUUGGGGGGCUUGCUGACUGCUUUCUGCUUUCCUCUCGUUGCUGCUUUCACACUCACCUGGGUCGGCAGCGUCUGAGCAAGGGGAAGGGACUUGGCCGGGAGCUGGAGGGUGCUGCGUGGGAAGCGCAGGUGAGCUCAGGAGGGGACUGCAGCCUGACCAGCCAUGGCUCAAGCAGCGAAGCAGCUGAAGAAAAUCAAAGAUAUUGAGGCUCAGGCUCUGCAGGAGCAGAAGGAGAAGGAGGAAUCCAACCGCAAGCGCAGGAACCGCUCUCGGGACCGGAAGAAGAAGGCUGAUGCUGCAACCAGUUUCCUGAGAGCUGCAAGAUCUGGGAAUCUGGACAAAGCCUUGGAUCACCUCAGGAAUGGGGUAGAUAUUAACACCUGUAACCAGAAUGGGCUGAAUGCCUUGCACCUGGCCUCCAAGGAGGGCCACGUGAAAAUGGUGGUGGAGCUGCUGCACAAGGAGAUCGUUUUGGAGACAACGACCAAGAAGGGAAACACAGCCCUGCACAUCGCUGCCCUGGCUGGGCAGCAGGACGUGGUCCGGGAGCUGGUGAACUAUGGAGCCAACGUCAAUGCACAGUCACAGAAAGGCUUCACACCCCUCUACAUGGCAGCACAGGAAAACCACCUGGAAGUCGUCAAGUUCUUGCUGGAAAACGGAGCCAACCAGAACGUAGCCACCGAGGACGGCUUCACGCCGCUGGCCGUGGCCCUGCAGCAAGGCCACGAGAACGUGGUGGCACACCUCAUCAACUACGGCACGAAGGGCAAGGUGCGGCUGCCCGCGCUGCACAUCGCCGCCCGCAACGACGACACUCGCACGGCCGCCGUGCUGCUGCAGAACGACCCCAACGCAGACGUCCUCUCCAAGACGGGGUUCACUCCCUUGCACAUCGCAGCUCACUACGAGAACCUCAGCGUGGCGCAGCUGCUGCUCAACCGCGGAGCCAGCGUCAACUUCACUCCUCAGAAUGGGAUCACUCCCCUGCACAUAGCCUCUCGCCGGGGCAACAUCAUCAUGGUGCGGCUGCUGCUGGACCGCGGGGCCCAGAUCGAGACAAGGACCAAGGAUGAGCUGACUCCUCUGCACUGUGCAGCUCGCAAUGGACACGUGCGAAUUGCAGAGAUCCUGCUGGACCAUGGGGCUCCCAUUCAAGCCAAAACCAAGAACGGGCUGUCGCCCAUCCACAUGGCAGCGCAGGGAGACCACCUGGACUGCGUGCGGCUGCUGCUGCAGUACAGCGCAGACAUCGACGACAUCACCCUGGACCACCUCACGCCCCUGCACGUGGCUGCACACUGCGGCCACCACCGCGUGGCCAAGCUGCUGCUGGAGAAGGGAGCCAAGCCCAACUCCCGGGCCCUGAACGGCUUCACGCCCCUGCACAUCGCCUGCAAGAAGAACCACAUCCGGGUGAUGGAGCUGCUGCUCAAGACAGGAGCCUCCAUCGAUGCUGUCACAGAGUCUGGCCUGACUCCCUUGCAUGUGGCUGCCUUCAUGGGGCACCUGCCCAUUGUCAAGACCCUGCUGCAGCGUGGAGCCUCUCCUAAUGUGUCCAAUGUGAAAGUGGAGACACCCCUACACAUGGCAGCCAGAGCUGGGCACAUGGAUGUGGCAAAGUACCUGCUGCAGAACAAAGCCAAAGCCAAUGCCAAGGCCAAGGAUGAUCAGACUCCUCUGCACUGUGCCGCACGCAUCGGCCACACGGGCAUGGUCAGACUCCUGCUGGAGAACAAUGCCAACCCCAACCUGGCCACCACAGCAGGGCACACACCCCUGCACAUCACUGCCAGAGAGGGGCACGUGGACACAGCCCUGGCCCUGCUGGAGAAGGGAGCCUCACAGACCUGCAUGACCAAGAAAGGAUUUACCCCUCUCCACGUUGCAGCCAAGUACGGGAAGGUGGAUGUGGCAGAGCUGCUGCUGGAACGCGAUGCCCACCCCAACGCAGCAGGGAAGAACGGGCUGACCCCGCUGCACGUGGCUGUGCACCACAACAACCUGGAGAUCGUCAAGCUGCUGCUUCCCAAGGGCAGCUCCCCACACAGCUCAGCCUGGAAUGGGUACACCCCCCUGCACAUCGCUGCCAAGCAGAACCAGAUGGAGGUGGCCAGCAGCCUGCUGCAGUAUGGAGCUUCUGCAAACGCUGAGUCCGUGCAGGGAGUCACCCCCCUGCACCUGGCAUCCCAGGAGGGCCAUGCAGACAUGGUGGCACUGCUGUUCUCCAAACAAGCCAACGGUGACCUGGGCAACAAGAGUGGCCUCACUCCUCUCCACCUCGUGGCCCAAGAGGGGCAUGUGCUGGUGGCUGAUGUUCUGGUGAAGCAUGGAGUCACGGUGGAUGCAACAACCAGGAUGGGCUACACCCCGCUGCAUGUGGCCAGCCACUAUGGGAACAUCAAGCUGGUGAAGUUUUUGCUGCAGCACCAGGCUGAUGUCAAUGCCAAGACUAAGCUGGGUUACACCCCCCUGCACCAGGCAGCGCAGCAGGGCCACACAGACGUGGUGACAUUGCUGCUGAAGCACGGAGCCUCUCCCAACGAGAUCAGCACCAACGGCACCACUCCCCUGGCCAUCGCACGGCGGCUGGGCUACAUUUCUGUCACAGACGUGCUCAAGAUCGUCACCGAGGAAACAGACCUCCCGGCAGUCGGUGACAAGCACCGCAUGAGCUUCCCGGAGACUGUGGACGAGAUUCUGGACGUGUCAGAGGAUGAAGGCACUGCUCAUGUCACAGUAAUGGAGGAGGAGCUGAUUGCACCAAAGCCCAGGACACCUGAUCCCAGGGACCUGGAGGGCAGGAGGGAGAUGGUGGAGUUUGUGACUACAACAACACUGGAGCCAACGAUGGAGUCUCCAGCUGUGCUGCACGUCCCCUGCGUCCCACCUGAGACUGUGGUGACCAGAGCAGAGGAGACUGAGCAGCCCUCCAAGGAGUUCGACGAGGACUCGCUGAUCCCCAGCAGCCCUGCCACCGAGACCUCCGACAACAUCAGCCCCGUGGCCAGCCCUGUGCACACAGGGUUCCUGGUGAGCUUCAUGGUGGACGCCCGCGGAGGCUCCAUGCGUGGCAGCCGGCACCACGGGCUGCGUGUGGUCAUCCCGCCCCGCGCCUGCGCCGCGCCCACCCGCAUCACCUGCCGCCUGGUGAAGCCCCAGAAGCUGCCUGCGCCCCCGACGCUGGCUGAGGAGGAGGGGCUGGCCAGCAGGAUCAUCGCCCUGGGGCCUGCCGGUGCCCAGUUCCUCAGCCCUGUGAUCGUGGAGAUCCCACACUUCGCCUCCUCGGGGCGCGGGGACCGGGAGCUGGUGGUGCUGCGCAGCGAGAAUGGCUCCGUGUGGAAGGAGCACCGCAACCGCCACGACGACAGCUACAUGGACCAGCUGCUCAGCGGCAUGGACGAGGAGCUGGAGAGCCUGGAGGAGCUGGACAAGAAGCGAGUCUGCCGCAUCAUCACCAACGACUUCCCUCUCUACUUCGUGGUCAUGUCCCGGAUUUGCCAGGACUGUGACAUGAUCGGCCCCGAGGGAGGCUGUCUGAAGAGCACACUGGUGCCCAUGGUGCAGGCCACCUUCCCGGACAACGCUGUCACCAAGAAAGUGAGGCUGGCCCUGCAGGCACAGCCCGUGCCCGACGAGCUGGUGACCAAGCUGCUGGGCAACCAGGCCACCUUCAGCCCCAUUGUCACGGUGGAGCCGCGCCGGAGGAAGUUCCACCGCCCCAUCGGCCUCCGCAUCCCUCUGCCGCCAUCCUGGAAGGACAACCCCCGGGACAGCGGCGAGGGCGACACCACCAGCCUGCGCCUGCUCUGCAGCGUCAUCGGGGGGACAGCACAAGCCCAGUGGGAAGACAUAACGGGGACCACAAAGCUGGUCUAUGAAAAUGAGUGUGCAAACUUCACCACCAACGUGUCUGCCAGGUUCUGGCUGGCGGACUGCCCGCGCACGGCCGAGGCGGUGCACUUCGCCACGCUGCUGUACAAGGAGCUGACAGCGGUGCCCUACAUGGCCAAGUUCGUGGUGUUUGCCAAGAUGAACGAUGCCCGGGAGGGUCGCCUGCGCUGCUACUGCAUGACUGACGACAAGGUUGACAAGACUCUAGAGCAGCACGAGAACUUCACCGAGGUGGCCCGCAGCAGGGACAUUGAGGUGGUGGAGGGGAUGCCUUUGCACGUUGAGCUCUCAGGGAACCUGGUGCCUGUCAAGAAGGCCACUCAGCCCCGCAGCUUCCUCUUCCAGUCCUUCCGGGAGAACCGCCUGGCCAUCCCCAUCAAGGUUCGGGACAGCAGCAAGGAGGCCAGCGGCUCCCUGUCGUUCUUGCGCAAGGCCAUGAAAUAUGAGGACCUCCAGCAUGUGCUCUGCCACCUCAACAUCAGCAUCCCACCCUGCAGCAAGGGAAGUGGCAGCGAGGAGAGGAGGAGGACGCUGACGCCGCUGUCGCUGCGGGAGCGAUACAGCAUCCUGAGUGAGACCAGCUUCGGCUCUCUGAGCAGCACAGACAAGGCAGAUCAGAAGAUGGUUGACAUAGCAGAACAGCUGGGCCUCAGCUGGGCUGAGCUGGCACGUGAGCUGCAGUUUGGGGUGGAGGACAUCAACAGGAUACGUGUGGAGAACCCCAACUCCCUGCUGGAGCAGAGCGUAGCCUUACUCAACCUCUGGGUCAGCCGUGAGGGCAAGGGUGUCAAGAUGGAGAGCCUGUACGCAGCGCUGAGGAACAUCGACCGCGGCGAGAUCGUCAGCACGCUGGAGGGCUCCGGCAGGCAGAGCCGCAGCCUGAAGGGGAGCUGGCGAUACACCGACAGGGACUACUCCCUCUCGCCCUCCCAGAUGAAUGGUUACGCUUCGCUGCAGGACGAGCUGCUGUCCCCUGCCUCCCUGCAUUACACGCUGCCAUCCCCGCUGCGUGCCGACCAGUACUGGAAUGAGGUGGCCAUCAUGGAUGCUAUCCCCAUGGCUGCCACCGAGCAGGACGCCCUGAUGGAGAUGUCUGACAUGCAGGUGUGGUCCUCGGGGCUCACACCCUCGCUGGUGACUGCUGAAGACUCCUCUCUGGAGUGCAGCAAGGCCGAGGACUCGGACGCCACGAGCGAAGGUCGCUUCCCAGGGCAGCUGCUGGCAGAUGCGCAUGGCCCAGACCACAUGGGCUCUAUGGACCUGGUUGAGGAUGACACAGUGGACUCAGAUGCCAUGAAUGGCCUGAUUGACCUUCUAGAGCAGGAGGAGGGGCAGAGGCCAGAGGGGAAGAUGCCAGCCGGUGAUCACCAGCCAGGGACUGGGGAGCAGGACCCGGAGAGUGAAGUCUCUUUUGUUUCAGUUCAGCAGAAGGUGCAAGCCAGGAUCACAGCAUCCCCCACCAUUAGCCACGUCAUGGAGAAGAGCACAGACAGGCUGAGGGACUGGAAUGCAGAAGGCUCCUUUGUCUCCUGCCUACAGGACCUGACAGCGGGCUCCUGGCAGGAGGGGGUCACCCGAAGGCUGCUGCAGACACACACCAUAGCCUCCGGGCCACAGGGCCAGGAGCAAGAGCAGGUCCUGGUGCCAGCCGUGGAGCUGAUUCGGGUCAGCUCUGCAGAGGACAGCAACUGGCAGCAGGAGGCAGACAGCCGCUUCUUUGGGCAGGGGAACGAAGUGCUUCAUCUCCCUGGAGAGCAGGUAACCGAGGAGCAGUUCACAGAUGACCAAGGCAAUAUCAUCACCAAGAAGGUCAUCCGGAAAGUGGUGCAUCAGCUGGGCCCUGGUGACAUGGAUCACAGGCAGGAGCAGGAGGAGCUGAUUCUGGCAGGCUCCCUGCAGGACCCCCAGGACCUGGCAGCUGAGGAUGAUCACUUCAUUAAUUACUCCAUCCUGCAGCGGGAUGGUCUGGGGGCCAAGGAGGAGGUGGGAGUGCGCGUCCCAAAACCAGAGGUCUCCGGGGGCAGGAUGGGGGCUCAGAUAGUGAAACGAGCCAGCCUGAAAAGGGGGAAGCAGUGACCCCUCCAAUGGCCUCUUUUGAGGAUCUCACCUCAACACCAAACCACUGAACUCCACACAUGUUCUGACACACAGCUGAGAAGAGAGGAGAGGAAAGCAGAGUGGAGGGGAGCAGGGCUGGCUGUACAUGUUUCUAUAGGCUAUGGCAUGACUUCUGUAUGAGACCUCCUUACCUUCCUAUCCGCAUGACUGACUGACUGCAAGACGCAUGAGCUACAGAACUUACAGCUGACCUCCUGCCCCGCUGCUGCCCGCAGCCUGCAGACAGCAGCAUGCACCAGGGGCACCCUCUUAGCUCCUCUGGGAGGCAAGAGCUGGGCUGGCAGAAAAUGAGAGGCAAGGAGACUCCACCCUGGCACAGCGGCGUGUGUAACCUCGUGCCCAGGCUGCGAGAGAGGGAAGCCGGGGGGCAGGGCGCUGCUCACCUCGGAAGGAGAGGGAUUUGACACACACCCCCCCGUUGCCUGUGCUGCCUCUGCUGGACUCAAGCUUCUCAUCCUUCUGAGUGAGUGCUGGGAUAGGGGGAGGGCAGCAGUUGCCAGGGGGUGUGUGAGAGGAGGGCACAGCUGCCCUGGGCAGAGGGGCUGGUGCAGGGCUGCCCUUCCUCUCCCCAGCACGUGCAACGUCUCCCACCAGGGCAGGGCUCUGGGCUGAGCACUGAGCUCGUUGCUUGUGUUGAAAGUGUAAACUGUACAGCAAUCAGCCUUGUGUAUAUGAACCAAUAAAUACUAUGCAAACCCCUAGGGACACUCUAGCAGUAUGUACAAAGCACUAACAGCUCUGCUUCCAAAUACCUCUUCAGGCUGCAGGACAGGCAAAACCUUUGGAGUAUGUGAGCAGCUCUGGUGAACAGAGCUGGGAGGCUAUAGGAGUGAACAGGCAGCAGACUACCCCUGCCCUGCUCCCCUCCAGCUGAGCCUGGUCCCUUCCUGGCCUGGAGAGAGGGUACCACAGGUGCAGUCCCAUGGGCCUGUCUAUGGUGCAAGCCCCAGUUUGUGUUGGCUCCAGCUGGGGUGAAGCUGUAAGCCUGCACUGAGGUGCUUGGGGCCCAGGGAAUAUGAGCAGUGAGAGCAGGGGACGCUUGUGCCACACACAGGGCUGUGCCUAGCUCUACUCAGCACAAUAUCUAUGAGCCAGGAGCUGGCAGGAGCCAGCAGCCCUGCACUACACACCCCACACAAGGGCUUUGCAGGGUCCCCUGGCCUCCCUGCAAGGGCACAAAUGAGGAGAGCCUGCUGAUACCCUCAUGGAUGCUGCCCCUCCCAGGACCAGUCCCAGGGACAGGGGCAGAGAGCUGCUUCCCCCGUGGCUGCACCUUGGCUGGGCAGAACACUCCUGUGCCAAGCAGUCACCUGGAGUGAGGGCAGCCCUGGGGCCAGCUGUGCAGCAGGAGGGCAGCGCUGAGCUGUGCACUGGGCUGACUCUGCUCCCGUACUUGACCCAGGAAGGAAGGAUGCAGGUGGUGGCAGUAGGUCCCAUGUCCCUGACUGUCGUUUUCCUGGGCGGGGGGGGGCUGGCCUUUGUAGCACAGUGGUGUAGGGAUCCCCUGCUCUUUCCUCUGGAGGUGGCUGUGGAGCUGUUUUGCAGGGCCUGACUUUGCUUUCUAUGGCCACUUGCAGAACAAGCCCUCCUCCAGCUUCAGGCCAUGCCACGGUGGCCCUGGCAGGGCAGCCCUGUCCCUCAGUGGGUGCCCAUCUGCUGGGAAAGCCUGCAGCCAGGAAGAAGCCAAGCUGUAGCCAAGCAAACGACCCAGCUUAGCCUUUGGAGAGCAAAGCAACCCCUUCCCCACCCCGAAGUUGAGCCAUAUAGGCAGAGACUCUCCAUCCAUCACCCCUGCUGUGUACAAUAACCUCCCUAGACCCACUGUGACAGCUGACUCCGUAGCAUCACCGUAGAGUUGUGUGUGGGUCCUGUGCUUUGGCCUUGUAUACACCUUAGGGAAUGUGCUGUGCUGCAACCCUGCCAGGCACCUGCAGUGACAUCGCUUCGCGCUCAGAUUGCUCUUAGGGCUGGUAGGAGGAGGCUGCACCUGACAUUGAGCCUAGGGAAUGCUGCAGUCUGCACACUAGAAGCUUUUUAGAAGUUUUAAAAAUAAAUAAAUAAUUACUUUUAUUUCCUUUUUUUAAUUGUUAUGGAAAGAAGCCUUUUGGAUCUCCCUGUCUUAGCCCUUGAUGUAUAGAAUCAUUUCCCUGUACACCAGCUAUCGGACUAUGAAUUAAUAAAGAAACCGA